UCAUGAUGCCACCAGACAUUUUGGUUUCAAGAAGACUGCAGCCAACCUGUUGCAGCGAUUCUAAUGGCCCACGAUGAUGAAAGAUCCCAAACUGUAUGUUGAGACUUGUCAAGUUUGUCAACGUGACAAGCCCCGGACACAGUCUCCGCUUGGGCUGCUCAAGCCCCUUCCAAUUCCGGAAAGGCCUGGUGAAAGCCUGUCCAUGGACUUCAUGGAUACGCUAGUCACCAGCAAGAGCGGCAAGAGGUACAUCUACGUCAUCGUGGAUAGAUUUAGUAAGUAUGCUAGGUUAGUUGCCAUGCCGGAAACAACAAAGGCCAAGUACGUUAUCAAGCUAUUUAAGGAAAACUGGGUUAGAGAUUUUGGCCUAGCUAAGUCUAUAAUCAGCGACAGGGAUGUCCGAUUCACAAGUGAUCUGUGGAAGGCCGCAGCUGCCGAACAGAUGACAUUUGGAAACCAUCCGGAGGCAAAUGGACAGGCAGAACAGAUGAAUUGCGCUGUUCAACACUUGCUGAGGCAUUACAUUAAGCCUAAUCAAGUGGACUGGGAUGAGAAGCUCGCUCUCAUUGCCAGCCUGUACAACAAUACAGUUCACAGCGCUAGGGGAAGUCUGUCAGUGAGUCUGUGGGUUGUUCUAAGUGGUGAGGAGUGGGACUGUCCUAUCGUGCAACGAGGGCAGUAUAGUGGGAGUAAAACUGAUGAGAUGGAGAAAGGGAUCUCAGAGUGGGUCGCCAACUUGUCUUUGGGAGAAGAGGAGGAGGUUGCCAUGAAUAUCCCCAAGGACGAACAGGAGGCUGCCAUGAAAGAGUGGGAUGUGGAAGAAGAUGCCUUGAAGCGGCAGGCAAUGGAGGAUGAAAAAAGAAUGGAGUGGAAGCUCAGAAUGAUGAGGGAAAAGAAGAGGAGAGUGGAAGCAGCGAGUGAGGCGGACAGGGAACUAGAGCAAGUAAAAAACUUGAGAGAGCAGAUGGCCGCCCAGGUGGAUCUCCAACGAAAGGUGGAGUUCAUUGCCCAGAGUAAUGAGCGCUUAGCCCGGGUACAGGGAGAACAGUAUGAGUUUAAUAGAAGUCAGGAUAUGGUCGUGCGCUCGAUGCGGAUGGGAUUUCAAGACCUUGCCCGCGAAGUGGUAGGCGCAGUAGGGGCCGAGGUGAACCAUCGCCUUGAGAAGACAGAACGAUUCUGCGUGGGUGCCAUUGAAGGCGUCAAGCUGACCGCUCCCAAGGAGGAAGAGGCACGUCCUCGUAGGGAACCAGUCAAAGUCAAGUUCCCCGAUUCCUACAGUGGAAAAAGGGAAGAGAACUUUGACAAUUGGGAAGCCAACGUCAAGACCUAUGUGCAUUUGCAACAGGUCUCCCCGGAUCAGCACGUGCUAAUUGCCAUUCAUGCGCUUAGAGAUGAGGCUGCCAGUUUCGCAAGGUCCCCAGUCCGCGCUGCUAACUGCAAUAAUGAUGCAGUUGCCUACUCAUCGUUCACUCCCCUCGUGGAUUUCAUGAAAUUGCUGCGCGAGCGAUUUGCUGAUGUCGCUCGCAGUGUCAAGGCCUCAGAUAAGCUCCAGACCAUCCAUUCUCGUAAAUGGAAGAGUGUCAGGGCCCUCAAGGGCGUAAUGGACGAAUUGGUGGCUGUUCCUGACCACAGGGUCACAAAGACCCAAUUGGUCGGCCUCAAGGGCAAUUCUUCGCAAAGAGUGAAGAUCCUGCCACCACUUAUGAUUCCCUUAGCCGUGAAGUGCGCUAGCCGGCAGGAGACUCCCACACCACAUGUGCCUAUGGCAGAGGUUGCAGGCCGGUGUCUAGAUAGCUGUACAGAGACUGUUUGUGCUAGAGUCUCUCUAGACACCUCCCUCACAGGCGUGGCUGAAGAAUUGAAGGAGAGGAUGCCCGCCUGGGCCAAGAUGAAAAAGGAGAAUAAAGGGCAGCUUAUAUUAGUAGAUACAGAGAUUUUUAGAGGACGAGCAGGCGCCUUAGUGGAUAGUGGAGCCACCCGUAGUUAUAUUAGUAGGAAGGCGCUACAGAAGCUGAAGUUGCAGUUAAAGGUCCAAAGACUAGCAGACCCCAUAGUUAGUAUCCUCGCGGACAAUCGCACCAUGCGAGUGGAGGAAUACGUAGAGGGAGUCCAGGCGUAUUUCCGCCUAGAACAGGAUGGGAAGGUGGAGAAGGUCCUCCAUUCCCUGACUCUCCUCGUAGAGGAUAGCCUCCCGUUUGACGUAGUCCUAGGUAUGGACUGGGGAGAGGCAGCAGGGGCCACACUCCUUUUGAGAGAACACGAGUGUAGGCUCCCUUGUCCAUCAGGCGGCGUCAAGACUUCCCGUCUGUUCCAUGUGUCAGGAGUAGACAACUCCCUGGCACAUUGCUGCCUUAGUGCUCCUGCGUUCGCAAGGCUCGUGAAGAAGGAGCAACUAGAGGAACAGGUUUUUGUAUCCUAUGUUAGGCCAGUAACUGAGCCUAAGGAAGAAAAGCCUAUAGACCCUGCUAUUGCCAAGCUGCUGGAGGAGUUUAAAGAUCUAGCUGAGCCGCCGAUAGGAGUAGUACCACAACCUAUCCAGCACCGCAUUGAAAUUGAGCCUGGCAGCAGAACUCCCAAAGGAGCCGUGUAUAGGAUGUCCCCGCGGGAGUUAGAGGAGUUGCGCAAGCAAUUAGACGAGCUCCUCGAGAAGGGUUGGAUUAGGCGCAGUUCGUCUCCGUUUGGAGCACCUGUUCUGUUCGUUCCCAAGAAAGAGGGAGAGCUUAGGAUGUGCAUAGACUAUAGGGGUCUGAAUGCUAUCACAGUUAAGAAUGUUGAACCACUACCCAGGAUAGACGAUCUUUUGGAUCGAGUGCAGGGGUGCAGAUAUUUUACAAAGAUAGAUUUGAAGUCCGGAUAUCAUCAGAUAGAGGUUCAUCCUGAUGAUCAGUAUAAAACAACUUUCCGGACCAGAUACGGGCACGACAAGUUCAUCGUGAUGCCCUUUGGACUAACUAACGCGCCAGCGACUUUUCAGCGAUGCAUGAAUGACCUGUUUAGGCCUUGGUUAGAUAGGUUUGUUGUAGUGUAUUUAGACGUUAUCCUAGUGUUUGGCAAGACCCUCGAAGAGCAUCAGGGUCAUCUCAGGCAGGUCUUGGAGAAGCUGAGAGAAGCUAACUUCAAGAUCAACGCAAAGAAGUGCGAAUGGGCGAAGACCCAAGUGUUAUAUUUAGGCCACGUCUUAGACGGAGACGGCAUCAAGCCAGAGGAUAGCAAGAUCGCAUCGAUCAGAGAUUGGCCUACGCCGCGUACGUUAACCGAGUUGCGGUCGUUCCUAGGCCUAGCAAACUAUAAUAGGAAGUUCGUACGGAACUUCUCCACUAUCGCGGCGCCCCUUUGCAGAUUGUUGAGGAAAGAGACUAUCUGGAAGUGGGACAAGGACUGUAAGGACUGUACGUCUGCUAUGAAGAAGUUGAAGUAGGCCCUAAUAGAGUAUCCAAUCCUUAAGGUAGUCGAUCCGUCCUUACCCUUUGUCGUCACUACGGACUACUAGCCAGUACGGCAUAGGUGUUGUUUUGCAGGAAGACGAUGGCAAUGGUUAUAGGCCCGUAGAGUUCAUGUCUGCUAGGAUGCCUUCAGAAAAGGUUGCGACAUCUACCUACGAGAGGGAACUCUACGCUCUCAGGCAAGCGCUAGAACACUGGAAGCACUACUUGCUUGGGAGGCACUUCAAAGUCUAUUCUGACCAUGAGACAUUAAGAUGGYUAAAGACGCA